AUACAAUAAUCACCUGACGUCACCCCUGACUUAAGGUCAAACAUAUUUCUUGUCUUUAUAUAAAAUUUUACGUCAUAUCAAACUCAUUCCCAUAUAAAUCUUCAGUAGUUUGUAUGUUUUUUUACGCGUCACUUCGUCCAUUGGUCGGAAAACCAUCCAUGAGGUGACAUGGAGCAAAUUUACGUAUUGGAAGUGAUCGUGUACGAGAUUAUUUUGGACAAGAGCUACAAGCUGAACAACGUGGAUAACUUGAGUUUGGGUUUCAAGUUCGCGCAGAGGGUGAAUUUUGAUAUCGACACGCAGUUUUUCUCAUCGCCCAAUGUUGAAGAAACAUCGGAGAGCUACAAAAUUCGCAUGAACUUUGGAAAAACCUUUUUGUUCGUUUCGAAACCUAGCGUACUGCGGCAGCUGCUCCAAAGCGAUCCGUACAGCAUCACCCUGUACGAUGGCAACACCACCAUCGGCUUAAAACAAAUACCGUGGAAGAAGGAAUUCUCGGAAAUGGUCAAGUACUUCGAGACCCUGGGUAUAGUGAAGUCGACUACUUGUGAAGAUUGGCACGAUCUAAAAACCAAGGAGGGCCUUCCUAUUGCAAAACUGAACUUGUUCAUGAGGAUGUCCUGUUACGGAUCCAACGUUCAAACGAUGUUCCAGAUCAAGAAAGUGGGCGAUAAACACAACUACGUGUUCAAGCAGAGGAACGAGUCGAAGACCUUCCAAGUUGAAAAACAUGAAGAUGACAGAGUCCAACCGAUCGUAGCGCCUCUAUACACCGGCAUAACCGAUGGCAAGUCCAAGUCUCAAUCGCAGAUCAAUUUCAAAGAAAACGUCUCAUUAACGGAACUCUUCGCUGGAGCAAUGGACGACAAGAUGAGCAUCUAUCAUGGCGUGGAAGAUACUGUUUCGAUAUGCUACAGACCCUCAGCUAACAAGUUCUUCAAUUUGCUUUCUUUAUUGACCGCUGAUGUGAAGGCUCACGAUAAGGGUACAUGCGUGACACUGAAAAGUACCGCUCCUAGAUCGGAGAGGGAGGAUAGAAAUGACGAUAUGUCCAUGUAUGAUCCACACGAGCUGACGGCUGAUAAAAUACAAAGGAAGUUGUGUGGAAACGCUGACUGUCCCGCAGCGAAAAAAUUCAAAGAAUACGGCAUAGGACCGUUGGCAACUGGUAAAAACUUAGGUACCCUUUACAGCAACGACAUAGAACCUCCAGUGACUUACGGUUUGAGCCACACCUACGGUACUAUGUGCGAGUACGGGCCAUACGGCGUCUUUUCCAGACCCAAACAGGAAGAACUACCUUUCGUACCUCUGGAUGAUGGACAGCCUAGCGUUCUAAAGAAACCUUGCCGGCCUAAACCUUUAAAAAAAAAAAAGUCUAAAAAUGGUAUCGGGCACAGUUGCGGAUGUCCUCUGAGGCUAAGAGGAGGUUCUGAUACGGCCGGUAUAGAACCAAAAGACAAUGGCGAAAACAAUAAUGGUAUGGAUAAUGGAGGUUUGGCAGCUCCGAGAUCUCCCAUGGUCGAGUGCCAGAGUGUUAUGGACCAGUUCGACAGUAUUCUGGCAGAAUACAAAAAAGCUAUAGGGCCUUGUGGCCAAGGUAGCUGCCCCUACGCACAAACCUUAGCCGAGGACUCUUGUAGAAAGGCCUGCGACCAGGGCGCUCCAGGUAUAAGCUUCCCUGUUAAAGCUGCAGGCAAAGAGGGAAGUGCCAUGUCCUGUGACAAAGAUCCAUGCGAAAUGGAGGGGUGUCCUUACAGUUCCGGUGCUGGCACCGGCACCGUUAAAAGCCCUGGAACCAGCAGUGAACAGAAAAAGACACGAUAUCCAGCCGGAUGCGGAUCUCCUAGAUGCGCCUACACCAAGUACAAACUGGGACUAAUGGAUGACGAUGCUCAAUUGGAGCUGCAGUAUCUACCGCCAGCACUGGGAGCUAGCUGUGGAGAUCCCAACUGUGGACACCCAUUCGGGCCACCGUUGCCGCCAAUCCACUGGGACUGUCCGGAUCCGCUGCCCCAGGGAGCCUGCAAAAACCUGAACUGUCCCUUUUUGCCCGCGCCGCUGAAGAAAUUCAAAACCAAGUCCUUGAAAACGGGUCCCUGCGGUAGUCCUACUUGUCCCUACGCUAUACCGCCCCCUUGUGCUGCGCCUACCUGUCCAUUUGCCAUGGUACCGUGUCCUAUGAAUAGUGGAGCAAAUGGAAAGAAAGAGAGAAAACCUAAAGAUAAGAAAAGACACUCAAAAGAUAUGUCCGGUAAAGGAGAAAAUUUAUGCGAAUUUCCCGGAUGUCCUUUUUCCAAUAAAAGCCAGGGAGACUCUGCAGAUAACGAUGAGGACUAUACAAGAUCUGAAGGAGAUAAUAAUUGUGAAAAACCAGACUGCCCAUCAAACAAUAAUGGAAAUAAGAAGAGGAACCGCAGAGAAGGAAAUCGAUGUUCCACAGGUUGCAGCGAGACGGACGAGGAAAAUUCAUGUGAAAACCCAGAGUGUCCCUUUUCCAAGAAAAACGAAGGAAAAUGUGUUGAAAAUGACGUUCAAAAUUUGACUGGCGAAUUUGAAGAUUGCGUAAGUCCCAAUUGCCCGUACAACAAAAAGGAAAAAAAGAGAUCUAAGAGAAAUAGAGACAGACAUACGUGCGACAACCCCGAUUGCCCCUCUAACAAAUCCAAGAAGAAACACAAGAAAAAAAGAGACAAGAGAGAGAAAAAGAACUACGAUGACGUAAGCAUGUGUUCCAAUCCAGAAUGUAACUAUGUGAAAAACAAGGAAAAGCCAGGAAGAGAAAGUUCUAGUACGGGUAGUAUAUGCUCGGAUCCGGAUUGUCCAUACGCCGAACUAAAGGGGAUGAAGAUCAAGAAACAUGGCAACGGCGCCGAAGGCGAGGAUUUUACUUGCGAAAAUAAGGACGACGACAGUAUUUGUUCCAAUCCGGAGUGCCCGGAAAGACAAGCCAGGAUUAAAAAAGAUCCCAACAUCUGCGACCAGCCUGGCUGCCCUUAUUCACAACAGCCGAAACCUAUCGUGUGCAACGACCCUAGGUGUCCCUACGCACAGCCUCUGCCAUCCUGCGGGAUACCUAAUUGUCCCUACGAACCCAUACCACUCAGAUUUUCCUGUAAAAAUCCUCAAUGUCCCUCCAAAUCGAUUAACUUUAGUAGAUCAUCGAGAAGGCUCACGGAAGAAAACACCAAAAGAGAUAGAUCAACUGAAAAAGCAAGUGUACCAGUGAACAUGGAGUUGAACUUUACCACGGUCUGCGAAGAAAACGUCAACUGUGACAAGGAAGAUUCCUGCGAGAACCCGGACUGCGAGAUGAAAGAAGGUGAGUCGGGUAAGGACAAUAAAGCCUUGGUUCCGUCAGGAGGCAAGAAGAAGAAGCAAGAAGUCCCCAAGAGGAACAAGAAGGGCAAAUUCGUAUAUUCGAUGGGCGAUAACUACCCCGGAACGAAAAUGGGACACAGGGAGUGCGUGGUGCCCAUGUUCAAUGUUCCACCUCAUAUGGGAUGGUUGUGGAACAUAUUCACGCCAAUAAUGAGUUUAAAGCCUAGAAGAGGUUGGAGACCGGGAGCCUUAACCAAGUUAAUUGCCCAGCGCAUUCGAGCCCACCGCCAAGCGAAAGGUCUGGGAAUAAUGCACGUGCCCAAUUUCAAAAAGGACGGAACUCAGUUCGACGACGGUGCCGAUCCCAAGGUGGUACCCAAGCCCACGUUGCAGAUACAGAAGAAGGAGGGAUCCUAUUGGGUCACUAUGCACCCGCUCAAAGACCCGAACACGUUGGUUGAAAAUGAAGACCCCUACAUGGAUUGCACGCCAAUGACGUUUAAGAUAACGAAAAACAAGAAGCCGGAAGAGGAUUACUGCGCGUGCGACGGUGAAGCGUCUAUGGAAGAAUCAUCUUCAUCUGAUAGUGAACUAGAUAUCGAGUUCACACCGCCUGCUGGUAUUAUACACCCAGAGAGGUUUAAGAAGAGGCCAAACGUGGUCUGCUGCCAGUCGCAGUACGAUCCUCAAGAUUGUGCGGAAGAAAAAAAGGAGAAAAAAGAUAAGAAGGGCAAAGGAAAAGACAAAAAGGGUGGUGGUAAAAAAGGCAAGAAAGAUAAGAAGAAAAAAGGAAAGAAGUAAAGAAAUAUUUAUUGUAAAUUUGUGAUCAUUUUGUGGAUGAUCGUUCCAAAAAAUUAUCUCAAUUCAACUAUAAUAAAAAUAACAUGGCUUAACGCUACCCAAAA